AUGCCUCUGCCACGCCCUGUCCGGAGAUCGAGCGAGGGCCCCGAGGUCGUUGAUCACCAGCCCGAGAAGCAUUUCUGUCGGUACAGUGACAUUGGCGAGAGGCUCAGGAGGGGAAGAGUUGGGAAUGGGACCUUAUCUCAGAAACAGCUCGACCCAGAUGAGGUGGAAACCCGGUCCUAUCCCUCCCCCGUGCUUCCUCCAUUCCCCAGGCUCCCUCGCAACAUCGUGCCCGAAUUUGUCGAGAGGCCCAGGGAUCGGCAGCGAACCUGUGGCUUGUUGAUGACGAUCUUCCUUAUCCUGGCUGCGUUCAUUAUCGGCGGAGGAAUCGGUGGUGGUGUAGGCGGAGCGCUGGUAAUAAAAGAGAAGUCGAGAAAUGCAUUUGACACGCCUGCAAUUUGUCGCCGCGUUGAGCAAUGGCUGAUAUCCUAUUACAACAGUGGCACUACCUGCGUAACCACCACAACGCCGACUGUAUCUGCGGCCGAUGCUGCAAGUACACAUAUAGUCAUCAUGGAUGUCGCUGGAUGCCCGUCGAUUAUCGAUGUGAAUUUCAAUUCAACGACGCCGGGAAAGUCCUUCCAUCAGUUAUGCUAUAUCGACUCCAUGCCACCCCCGGGGCAAAUUAUCGACAUUGGAAACCAGACAAUAAGUUCCUUUCCGGGCUGUCUCAAUGCGUGUGCAAAACAUGCUGGAUGUGUCGCUGCCACAUGGGUCAUGUUUUCCGCAUCGAAUCCCCAGAGCAACUCGGUGUGUUUCUUCAAAAAUAGCACCGGAGUACAAACCAGUAUGAGUGAGGGUGAUAAUCUGGCCAGCGGAUACCUGAUAUGA